AGCCCACACUCCACGCACCACAAGUGGAACAAACCCGAGCCAAAAUGGUCAAAUGGUCAGACUUCGAGCGUGCCACAAUCCAGGACAUCUUCUCCAAGAUAGAUAAGGAUGUCGUGGGUCAGGCGGCUCUUUCCAGGUGUCUGAUCGUCUACCCCUGGACUCAGAGGUACUUCGGCAGCUUUGGGAACCUCUACAACGCCGCCGCCAUCACCUCCAACCCAAAGGUAGCAGCCCAUGGAAAGGUUGUCAUUGGGGGUUUGGAAAAAGCUUUGCAGAACAUGGACAACAUCAAGCAGGCUUAUACAGAUCUGAGUGUGCUCCACUCAGAGAAACUGCAGGUGGAUCCUGACAAUUUCAAGCUCCUGGCUGACUGCCUGACCAUCGUGGUUGCUUCCAAUUUGGGUAUCAGCUUCACACCUGAAGUCCAAGCAGCUUUCCAGAAGUUUCUGGAUGUUGUGGUGGCCGCCCUGAGGAAGCAGUACUACUAGACUGAAGACUGUCACAUGACUUGUUCUUAAAAAUCCUGAAUAUGAAUCAAUAAACAUGUGCAGCAUCCA